AUGAACGCCGACGGAACCAUGAGAGACAAGGAGGACCAGACUGUCGUCGAGACCUGUGACUCCGACGUCUGCCUCUGGCAAGGGCGACAGCUCUACGAGAAGUUUAACACGUCUGUGGAACCCUGCAACGACUUCUACGGCUACGUCUGCGGUUCCAGGAACUGGUACCGGAGCCACCAGCGGAUCGACACCAGGCCCUACAGGGUGCACAGCGUUGCUCAGCUCAUGUAUGACCUCCGGAACCUGUUCGCACACCUGCAGAGGGCACGAGCGGCCGAAUACGCUCGCCACCCGACGCUCUUCACCAAUCAGCUGCUCUUCUUCCUCGGCAACUGCACGGAUGCUGAGAAGAAGGAAUCUCUUUGGGUAACCCUGAAAAGCAUUUACACGGAAAACCUAAUUGAAGGCUGGCCUUUCAAGAAGGACUCCCGAGUAAUGCGCAUCUCCGACGUAACUAAAGUUCUGGACAAAUACAUCGGACUCAACUCUUUCGUGAAAGUAAGCCUAAUGAAAGAUUUGGAAGAGGACGAGUACAAAGUGCACCUCGAGGCGCCUCAGCUGCCUCUUCAGCGACACCAACUCAUCUACACCAACGAAUCGGUUGCCGACUACGCGAAACGCAUCGAGAAACUGCUGUCAAUCUUCACGGAUCACGACAUGUCCAAAGCGGCCGAAGACAUCGUCCAGUUGGAGCAGAGACUUCUUCAGAUUGUGGUUCCCCGAAGGUUCACGCCGUUUGACAACAGAACGUCGACGAUCAAAGAGCUUCAGCGACGUAACAUGUGGCACUGGCUUACGUACCUUAACUUUAUUAUGGAAGACGCCGGCGUACAGUUUCAUCGGCAGUCCAGUGUUAUCUGCCUGGACAAGGAGUAUGUCUCAAAACUCGCCUUGACACUCCGCAAAUUUUCCCUCAAGACGCUAUUGAAUUACGUUGGGUACACCCUCAUGGUCAAGUUUUCACCGUUGCUUCCAAACGAGGUUGAUUUUCUGAUCCCGCUGAGUCACGACAACUACGUGGAGACCGUUCCCGACCGGCUGCAAGCUUGCCUACACAUGCUGGAAGAUCUGUGCCCGCACUGGAUCCGUAAGCUGGCUCGGAUGACGUUCAGCAAGGAAAACGUGACGUCGCCUUCCUGGCACUACGACGAGGAAAUGAACAAGCUGCUCUAUCUUAUACGAGAAACCAUGAAGCAGAGUGUGCUCCGUUCUCCUUGGUUGAAUCAGGUUGAAGUUGACGCGGCCGCGCAGAAGAUUGACAAGCUCAGGGUUGAAUUUCUAGGAGCCCGGGAGUCGGAAGCCGAGAUGAACGCUUACUACCCCCAGUUUGUGAGCGCCUUUCCUCCUAAUAACCCACUGCUGGGUUACUACAAGCUUUUGAACGAAACACGGUCCUUCUAUUGGAUCACCAAUUCGUCUUUCGACCUCGAUGCCCGGUACCAGACAUCGGCGUUCGUGGCCGGCGUCGUGGAGUACAAACCGGAAAGAAACGUUCUCUUUAUUCCUCACGGUCUUAUCGCCUUUGCAAACAAUAUCUCGCAAACAUUCGAUCCACUCUUUGUGCCCCUCAUCGCUCCCGCGAUACUCCGUGGAAUGUUUUCAGCGGUCGAUCGAAGAGGCUCUACAGUAAACGCGCGGAACCAGGUGGUGGGCUGGUGGGCGCCCGAAAGUAGGGACCAGUUUGAGAAGCGGCUUCGGUGCUUCCAAGACCAGUACUCGAGCGAGGCGCAAACGCUCCUCGCAUCCGACUACGACGAGGACUGCUACCUCGACGACAACGUGGCGGACAACGCUGUGCUGCCCCCUCUUCAUGACGUCUACUUGAAGGCGAUGCACCUGGCCAGGCCGCUGCCUCGCAACACAAGGGUGCCCGGUCUGGAAUCACUCACGACGGACAAACUAUUCUUCGUGAAUUUCGCCGUUUCGCACUGCGACAGCGUCCGACCAGGGUUGUUCCAGCGACAGAUUCAGUACAAGUAUUCUGUCCCGGCGCAGCUGAGAGUGAACGUUCCGCUGAAGAAUUACCCAAAGUUUGCCGAGGCUUUCAGGUGUCCACCGAACACGCCCAUGAACCCCGACACAAGGUGCGAGCUGUGGUAG